AUGGAUUCAAAAACAGUAGAUCAAUCACAAGUUAAAUCUAAUGACACUCCUAAAGUACACAAAUCAAAGACAGAAACUACCCAAACUAAUACUACAUCUAAUAAUAAUAACACUCUUAUUGGCCAAAUUAUAACAAAUGACAAUAUUUUGAAAGCAAUUAUUGGUGCAUUGGUGGCCAUGGCUAACUCAGGCUGUAAAAUGACUACAUCAAGUAUAAAAGAAAUGCUUAUUACUAAUCUUAAAAACAAUGAAUAA